CUCCUCCUCUCCGCCGCCACCACCAUCUCGGCGGCCCCAAUUCUAGGCCUAGACUACUUCCUAAGCCAUCAAUCCAGAAACGACCCGCAGGCCACCAACGACUCCUACCUCUCCCUCCCGUCCUCCCUAAGGAAAUCGCUCUACUCCCACCUCCCCCAACCCCACCUCCCCUCCAUUGUCUCCUCCCUCCUCUCCUUCUCCCUCCCCGUCUCCCUCCACAUCCGCCUUGUCGGAUCCUUUCCCCCCGAUUCCCGCUCCCUCCUCUCCUCAUUCCUCUCCUCCGCCUCACAACCCCUCCACCACUUCCAUGCUAUCUCCCCCUUCCCCACCCAAUCCCAUACCCUCCCCAUCAAACACUCCCUCCAUCUCGACGUCUCUUUCUCCCCCACUUCCCUCUCAACUCUCCUCUCCCAUACCCUCUCAUCCCAAAUCUCCGAAACCCCUUCUUCCCUCCGCUCGUCUCUCCUCCCCAUCCCCUUCUCCUCCAUCGACGCCCACCUCCGCGACGACUUCGACAAGGAAAAGCCCCCCGACGGAAUCGUCCUCUACCUCCUCAAUCUCGGCAACCAAUCUAAACCCUAUGCCUACACCUACUCCCACGGGGACUCCUCCCCUGGCUUCACCAAUUGCCUCGGCACCCUCUGGACCGCCAAGGAUCGGUACCUUUGGAUCGAUUUGGCUGCGGGACCGGUCGAUUACGGCCCGGCGUUGUCCGGGGACGGUGUGCUCCCCCGCGGCGAGUUUCACCCGCUCGCUGCCCUCCACGGCCGCCCCAAGUCGCAGAAGGCGCUGCUGAGGGACCUGGCGUCCCUGGUCUGGAGCGCCUACCAGGUACUUCUUGUGCCCUCUCUGAGAAUUCCUGUUCCUUUUGAGACAUCGUUGGUAGUUCAGUUUAUACAUUUUCAUGGAUCGGAGAGCGGAAGGGAUUCAAGUGGCUUGGAUUGGAAACAGAUUCAGAGGACGUUUAUGGAUGAGGCUAAUGAGGGUGGGUUGUUGUUGGGUGAUCAGUCCUUGAGGUUCAAGACUUAUGAGGUGAGUUUUUCUGAGUGUCCGAUUUGCUCGUUCGCGGUUUCUAGGUCGAUCAAUUCAUAUACGUCGAGGUUUUUGUUCGAUAAUUAUACUCUGAUUGUGAGCGAGUAUUUGGACUCGAAGCGUUUGCAUCAGAUUUUGACUGACUCGGCCGACGAGUUUAGGAGGGUGGCGGGGAUUCCAGAGGAGGAGUUCGGUAGGGUUCUUCCGGUUUACGUGUUUGAUUUGGAUUACCAUAUGCUCUUGUUGCUAGACCGGUAUCACCAGUCAGUUGCUUUCAAAGAUAUGGUUAUUGCAGUGAGGACAAAGAACACGCAGACUGUGAGUGAUUAUAGCUGUAAUGGUCGUCAUGUGUUUACUAAGACUAGGGAGCUUGAGCGGCCGCUUGUUGGUUCGAUUCUGCAGAGUAUGUGGGGAGUGUCCCCUACCCAUUUGUUGUGGAGCCCAAGGCAUAAUAGUACUCUGGUGGAUUACACAUGGAGUGUAGGGCAGACUCCCUUUGGGCCAUUCUCAGAGAUUUCAUCGAUGUCAUUUGUGCAGAAGGAUGCAGCUAGGAGGAAUAUUCUUUUGACAUCAUUGAAUUACAGUAUAACGAGUGCCAUUGACGUUAUUGAAUCCAUUGCUGCACAUGGUGGAGAUAGGAAGCUGCUUAAACCGAGUCGGCAUGCUGAGUUCAUACAAAGGUGGAACUUGUAUAAGUACAAGCUUGACAAAGCAGUUUCUGCUUUGUCACAUUUGGAUUUCAAGAUGGCUUUGUACUACGUGAGGUCUUCGGAUCAUGAUCUGUAUGCCAUCCACUCUCUCGUCUAUCAUGCUUCAGAAGAACUGGAGGCAUCACUGGUAUGCUUCAAGGACCCACCAUUUCCAUGGACUUCAGUUUCUUUGUCUGCAGCAGGUUUCCUAGCGCUCUUUUAUGUUUAUGCAAGAAGAGACAAACUGUUCAAAAAUAAAAGAAAGCAAUUUUGACGCUCUUCAGAGGAGCCAAAGUUUGUAUCUUUUGAAUGCAAUACAGGCUACAGCACAUGUAUUUUGAAAGAGAGGCAAGUCAGAGGUCAGAAACUAGUAUUCAGUUCAUCAAAACAUUUGAGGCAGUUUGAGUUUGCACUUGGCCCUAUUGCUAAACUGUUUUCUAAGUUCUAAAUAUUUUUCAGUUGCAUGUCGUAAUUUCUUGACUUACUGGAUGAAUCUUAGCAAGAUGCACUCUGGUGGAACUUCUAUGGUGUUUCUUAUGCAUUUUUGCUGUUCUUGUUUUGUUUCUAGGUGACUACUAUAAAACUAAUAAUGAUAUUCUUGGUGAAUGUUUAUAUUUUUCCUUUUGGUAUGGAAAAGUUUAGCUUGCUGCUA